AUGGAUAGUCUAGUUCACAAAUUUGAUAAUAAAAAGGUUUCGAAAAUUGGAGAUCCAAAGUUCCCCUCUCAUACCAAAAUGGAAGAUAUAAUAGGAAUUUUUAAUAAUACAUACAAAGGUUUAAAUUUACAUCUUAAUUUGAUUGAAGACCUCAUGAGUAUUUCUUUGGUUCAAGCAAAAAAAUUUAAUAGAAAAUACACUCAAUAUGUCAAAGAUUUGACUGUAGACUUCGAUCAAUCACAACAUGGUAUUUUAAAUCCUGGUAAAGACUACAAAAAUUAUAUUAAAAUAAGAAAUUGGAUAAGAGCAAGAGUUAAAAUAAUAAUGAAGGACAAUGACCUCAACCAAAGACAAAAGAAUAUUUUGAUUUAUAUUCUUUUACCAAUCUAUUACCUUCCAAAAUAUACAAAAAGCUAUAAUCCAGAUAAGCCACGUGGUGAAAAGACAUUUUCAAAGAUGGUUCUCAAUCUCUCAGUUAUGCACGCCAAAUGUAAAUUUGAAUAUGUUACUGGUUUCUAUGAUUGUCAUCAAAAAAAUUUAGCUGCUGUUCCUAACAUUAAAAAAUCAACAUCAAAAGAAAAUAUUUUAAAAUAUUGUUGGACAAUUAUCGUUCUCGUUAAUCUUUUUUUGUUUCUCUGGAUAAUUUUUAAAAUAUAA